AUGCGAGCUGUCAAACGAGAAUCCUCUUCGACACCGUCAAUCGACUCCGAGUUACUCCAAAAGACGCCACCUUCUACUCCCAGUCCUAAGAAAGCUAGAGGAUCACCUAAGAAGGAGAAGGGAAGUCCCACUAAACCUAAACAUGUCAAACAAUCAUGGACUCCCCAAGAAGAUAACAUCUUCCUUGAGUUGAUAGAGGAGCUGUUAAAGGAAAGUCUGUAUGCUAAAGUGAAAGCGGACGGUAGAUUACAAAGAGAGAGUCCAGCUGUGAGAGCUCAUCUUAUCGCUUUGAUGAACAAGCUCAAAAAAGGUCAAUGA